CGGCCUCUGCUCUUUCUUCCCCGGACGGACGGACCAGACGGAGUUGGCGGCGCGAAUCCAUGGCGCUCCUCUUCUUCGACCUCAGCCUCCUCCCAUCCCCCAACCCCAACUCCCGCCUUCUCGCCGCCGCACGAGCCCUCGAGCUAGGCUACGCUGCCGUUGCCCUCGACCACCCGCACCGCGGCCUACUCGCCGACGCCGACCGCUGCCACACCGCUCCCUUCCCCGCCUUGUCUUCCCUCCCGCUCCCCCCCUCCGCCUCCCUCCACCGGUCCCGCAAUGGAUCCCCUGCCUCCGAGCCCUUCCGCCAGUACACGCGCAUCACCCUCUCCCUCGACUCCGCCGCCGCCGCCGCGUCCGCGCUUGCCCCCUCCGCCGCCCGCCUCCUCCGCACGUACGACAUCGUCGCGGCGCGCCCUCUCACCCAGGCCGCGCUCGACCACCUCUGCCAGUCCGCCACAGAGAUUGAUGUCAUCUCCAUCGACUUCUCUCACAAACUGCCAUUCCGUCUCAAGCUCCCAAUGAUCAAGCUUGCACUACAGAGGGGGAUACACUUUGAGAUUGCAUACUCUCCCCUCAUCGACGAUGUCAAUUCAAGGAGACAAGUCCUGGCCGAAGCCAAGCUGUUGGUGGACUGGACUAAAGGAAAGAAUCUCAUCAUUUCAAGUGCUGCUCAUAAUGCUAAUGAAAUUAGAGGCCCCUAUGAUGUCAUAAAUUUAUGUGCAUUUUUGCUUGGUCUUUCUAUGGAGCGAGCCAAAGCUGCUAUGUCCGUAAACUGCAGGUUGCUUAUUUCCAAGGCUACGAGGAAGAAACAUUUCUACAAAGAGACAAUUAGAAUUGAUAGACUGUUACCAAAUGAGCAACUAAAUUCAACAAAGUAUAAGGUUGGUGACUGGAUUGGUUUGGAUCCUAUAUCUUUUAAAGGUGAUCUACAAACUUUGCAGACAAAUCUAGAACCUUCUCCCAACAAAGAUGAACUACCUGUUUCACCCAUGAAUUUGCGCACCAAAGUGUUGUGUCAAAAACGUCACGAUGCUGAUGUGUCUCUCUUUGCCGACCGAUUAGAGCAGUCUACUGAUGAUAGUGAAAUUCCAGUUGAAACUCAAGAGGAAACCUUACAGGCUAACAGAGGUGAAGCUCACAGUGGCUCUGUUCACACCAUCAAGGUUAACCCUGAAAACAAUGAAAUUGUUAUGGCUGGCAGUGUGCAGGCUUGUUUUGCCUCUUCUGUUGACCAGAAAUGUAUUGAGGAGCAUGUUGAAUUUGUUGAGGAUGCAAUGGAAUUAGAUUCUACAGAAUUGUGCACAUUAAACCUCAUUUCAGGUGACAGUACUCCUUUAUCCUCCGAUGUUAAGUUACCAUGUUCUUCUCUUCCCCAGAGUAUGGAGCUUUUUCACACUAGUCUUGAGAACAAGGGUCCUGGCCAACCUAGUGAAAUCGUAGAUCAUACUAAUACUUGUGCAAAUCAUGGGUCUAUCCGCACAUCUGGUGAGAGGGAGGAACAGGCACCUCUGGAUCAUGAAAUUGUUUCAUGGUCUGAUGUUUGCCUCGAGGGUAAGCGCUUGGACAUACCUGAUGAUGUUCCAGUUAACUCGGAGACUCACAGAGAUGCUGCGGAAUCAUUGGGGUGCUCAACUGGUGGGCGAGAUGAUGAGACGCCAUUAAAUCUUACAGUUCCGUUGAGUACUGAUUUAUGCGAAGACAUUGUACUGCCAGCUCAUCAAGUAGAGCAAAAUGUGGAUGAAGACGUCGAAAAUACUGAGAGUUAUAAGGUGGAACCGGUUUACAGAAAUGCAAUAAGAAUGAUUUCAGUGGAAAAUACUCUCAGCGGUCAAGAUAUCACUUCAGCUGCUGUUGUUUAUGAUAAGGGGUCCAGUGACGGAACUUGGGCAAAUAAUGAAUUGGAAGAACAAAAUUUAAAGAAACCUGAUGCUUCUUUAGAGAAAGAUGUUGCUAAAAUAGAUGAGGGGUCACCAAAUUAUGAUCAUGCAGAUGAUAAGGUGGAUAUAUCUACAGCUAGAUCAGAAAAGCGAAGACAAAAACUAUUGUUGCACGGCCCCUCGUAUAUUCCUUUCUUGGGCUUUCUUAAGCCUGUGUCCUUCAAGAAGAAAGUAUGCAAAGUAAGAGGCCUGGUCAAAUCUUUAUAUCAUAUUGUUUGCCUAAAAUGUGCUGGCUAACGGUAAUCAACGUUAGUUAUGAAUCAUGUGUAAGGUCGUAUCUAGAAGAAAAUCAUAACAACUGUUGGGAGUAUACAAUUCAAGCAUUUUGCUGCAUACCAAAGGCAAACGGAUCUACUUGCAAUGUGAUAUCCUGGUGCGCUUUGACUUUAUCUUGUCGGUUGGCUAAGGCCACUUGAAGGUUGACUAGCCCGUGUUGUCAGGCUCUUGAGUGGGGUACUGUAGGGAUUCAUCAGAAGGUGUACCAUUAUGGGAGAACAGAGUCUUGCAAUUGGUUGUGGACACUUCCAAUGAUCUUACCAACCAAUAGCCAACUGAAAACAGCGUCCUGGAUCUGUAGCAUCAAACUUGUGUCAACUAGAUGCUUGAAACAACACAGAUCCUUGUGGGGGUCUAUCUUGUAGCCUGGAAUUUUCAAAAGUGUUAUGAUUCUUCUCCACUGAAGUCUCGAGAGAUUCACUUUCGAAGGUAAUGAUAGUAGUGGCGCAGA